AUGGCUGAGGUUGCAUUAGGAUCCAUAGACUUUUCUGCCCUCUUAGACGAAUUAGAAUCUGGCAGUAGCGGUUCCUGUGCCAGUGUCAUUCGUAAGCUACGCGAGUACGAAGUGGCUGCCUAUGAAGCUGGACAAGGUGGUCCAACCGGUGAACUUAUUGCCAAUUUUAUCGCUCGUCUUGACGAAAGAGUUGCUGAUCGGGAGUUAGAAAUUGAAAAAACCUGUAGUCACAAUUACGAGAGCUUUGUUGAGUCCGUUCAGGAGUUGAUGCUGAUGCAAGAGAAGGCAGAAGAGUUACAAGAAACUCUCCGUCAAAUUCGAGCCAAUGUUGAGAGCAGUGUCCAAAAGUUAAACGAGUCUAGCGAAGCUCUUACAGCUACCCACGCAACAAUCACCCGCAUUGAUCAAUGUAUUGCGGCGCUUCGAACAAGUCUGCCCGUUCUAGAUCAAUACGAAAAAAUCGAGAAGUGCAUCUCAGAAGGUCGAUACUACCAUGCUCUUAAGUCCCUUGAAUACCUAGAACACUACCAGCUCAAGUCUAUCCAAUCCUUCGCCUUCUCUCAGGUCCUUGCCAAACGCAUUCCUGAAUUGAGGGCAGAGAUUAAAUCGGCCAGCUUGGCUCAGUUGACGGACUUUUUGGAGGAAGUUCGAAAGCACUCCAUUCGUCUUGGUGCCAUCGCUAUACACCAAACCGCAGAGAAGAUGGGAAUGGGUGAAGAGUUUUUUGGUAAUCCGGAAGCUUUCAUCGGAAAGACCGGGGGUGAAAUGAAAGUGGACAAAAAGAAGACGUCUUCCUCUGAUUGUGAUAAUUCAGAUAUUGAAUCUUCGCAAUCAAAACAACCGCAGGCAACGGUUAAGCUGAACAAUACCUUUCAGCUUAAUCGAAUAGACGUUGUGGAGGCCGAGCUGGAAGAGUUGAUCCAGGCUUCAAAGCAACGUGUCGACUUUGAUGGAAAAGGCGUUGAUGGAGGGAGUGGAGCUUAUUGGCGCAGUGCGAAGAACAACAUUGAGAAUUUGAUCAACUUUGGACCUAUCUACCGAUGUCUACACAUCCAUAGUGUCUCAGGAGAGAGGUCAGAGUUUGAGCAUUACUACUUUACCCAGCGGCGAAAGCAAUGUCAGCUCAUUCUUAGUCUGUCGCCAUCUCAACAGUCAAGCCUGCGGAACUAUAGUGAGUUCUUCAGUCGAGUGGUGGGUUUCUUCUUGGUGGACGACUAUCUACGCCAUACUAUGCCAGGCGCUGCAGCAGGCGUAGGAGCCGGUGCAGCUGCAGCGGCCUCUUACUACCAAUCUUAUCUGACCGAUCUGUGGGGCUCACUAGUGCCCCGGCUGACCAAAAUUAUCACUCGCAAUGCCUCAGGCUGCACCACCUCUGGGGAGUUGUUAAGUCUUAAACACCAUUGUGUGCUGUUUGAGAGGACUAUGGCCAACCUCGGAUUUCACACAGCUGGACUGAAUGAGAUGGUGGAGACGGUGAGGAGGCAGUUCAGCCAUCUACUUAUUGAUCAAUGGAAAAACCGAUUCGAGGAGAUUUUUAAGAACGACAACUACACCGCAAUUAGACUGGAGUCUGCAUCCGACCUAACUCCCGAACUGGCUGCUUAUCCCUACUGCCAGUCGGCAGAAUUCACCUCGCAGUCCUACCCCCGCUCCCUAGUCUUCUCGCCCAUGGUACCCCAAAUCUACGCCGCGGUGCGUGACUACAUCGACGCCUCGGGCCAAUUCAUCGCUGGGCCCUCUGCCGAUAUGGCCUGGACGGAGUUAGAGGACUCCUUGAAUCGUGCCACCAAUGUCCUUUUCACUGACUGCCUCGCCGCUCUUCUCAAUACCACCCUGGAAGCAGCGGAGAAGAAUCUGCUGCGACUCAUUCAACUAACGAUCAAUUUGUCGGAGUUGGAGGGCGCGUGCGAACACCUGCAGACGUACUUACACAAGCAUGCAAGACCCAAGUUCUUCUCACUAGCAUCAGCUACGACCGCGGUGGUUGAAGAUCAGGAUGAUGAGGCUGUAGACCUACUAGCCCUGAUGACCUCCCAGCCCGACGAAGUGCAGCCCUCGCGCUCCCACCUCUACGGUGUCUCCCUCUUUCGUGACUGUCGAGCACGUGCCGAAACCCAAAUAUACACCCACCUGAACUCGCGUAUUGAGGAGUUCUGCAGCCUUGCCUCCUACGAUGGUAUCUUUGGGGGCCCUGGGGAGGGUAUCCUAUCCCUCGAUCAACUACAGAACGCCUUGAGCGAAAGCAGUAGUCUACGAACCAGUGAGUACAUGGUCGACAUGAUGGCUUGGCUGAGCUCUACUUUCACCGCGUUCACCCACCUCCCUCCCAAGGUGGCUCACACGGCUUGCAUUUCAGCGUGCAAGUAUAUUGUGAAGAUCCUUCAGCGUAUCCUCAUGGGCCCUGAGGUGAAAAUGGUGGUGGAGCCGGCGCUCUCCCAAAUGUUGGUUGAUUUGGCGGAGUGUGAUAAAUUUGCACGCUCCAACCCAGUGCCGGGCAUCGAUAAGUCCAUCCUCCUCCUUAUCUUCAGUGAGUUGCGUCAACUUCUCGAAUUGGUGCGCAACAAUGACUGGAGUGUCUUCUUCGCCAAUUACGGCAAAACCUCCGGUAACCCAUAUGAGCGCGUGACUCCGGCAGCAGCAAUUGCACUGUUGGAAUGCAUUCGUGAGUCGGCGAAGCGACGCCACAGUACCCCCUCCUUUCUUCUAGUUGGCUCCUCAAUGCGGCCAAGGCGAGAGCACCGUCGACGUCUCGACGACAUCAUUCGUCAGCUGAAGGAUCUGCAAUCCGCGCCCACUACUUCCAGACGUCAGAAGGUUUCAACGACCGCUCAUCGCACCGCACCUCACCGCCUCCAAACGCACAACUUCUGCGAUGACUCCAACUCGAAUCAUGAAGUAGACAAGCCCAAACCACACCCGUCGGAUGCAACCAACUUCUUACACUAUGCGGGUUCAGCAGGAGAAGAGAAAGAGUACCAUAACGAACUGUGCCGUGUCUGGCUGUUGGUCUGUGACCUAAUGCAUAUCCACAGUCGCGGAGAUUUUACCGCCACGUACACCACCACAGCCCAAAAGAAGUUAUGA